AUGUCUGAUUCACGGUUAUAUUCAUUCUCUCCGGAGACGAAGGAGAAGCUGCGCAAGUUUCGCCUAGGAACAUCGCGAGCGAAGGAUGCGCAAGCUAUCAUCUAUAUCAUCGACAACAAGACUCAAGAGAUCCGGCCACAAGACGAUGAGAUCUACUCCAAGAUGGAGGAUCUAGCCGACGACCUCCCGGAGUCCUCACCACGAUUCGUUCUUCUCAGCUACCCCAUGACAACCAAAGAUGGACGCCCCUCCGUCCCUUACGUCCUGCUCUACUGGCUCCCUGAGAACUGCAAUCCGAUGCAACGGAUGUCAUACGCCAACGCAGUGGAGCUGAUGCGCACCAGCGCACAAGUCAACCGGGUGAUCGAGGUCGAAUCCGACGAGGACAUCGUCAGCAUCCAGUCCAAGCUGACAGGGUCGGACUAA